AUGUCACUGGGCGAUCGUUCCUUGCUGGCAGCCUCGUUGCCCUGUGGAGCAGGUGAUUCGCCCACCUGUGCGUUAGCGUCUGCAUCUCCCCCUUCCCGCCUUUCUCUGUUGCCACGUCUUCCCCUUGCUUGGCUCUGGACAGGGCCUCCAUCCUCUGCCUCCAAAGAAACCUCCUCUGACUCUGCCUCCUCUUCCCCCAUAUAUUCUGACUCUGUCUCCCCUCCCGCAUCAUUCAUUGGUUCCGCCUCUGGUUCCUCAGCUCCCCCACGUGCCCUCCCCGUCCCCGGCCUCUCCCGCGUUCCCUGGUGCCCGUCCGUCCCGCCGUGUUUCGCGGCCGUCGUGCCGCCGCGUCGUCCUCCGCCCGUUCUCGUAAGGCUCGCUGCCUGUUUGUCUCCGUCCAUUCCCUCUGCUACGCUCGUGUCGCCACGGCUCUGUCCUCCUCGUUUACCCCGCCUUCUCCCAUAUCGGGCCGACCCGUCUGCUGAUGCUCGUCCUCCGUGUCUCUCUGUGCUUGCAGGUGUCGCUCCGAUGACGGGAAAGCGCCGUCAUCCCGUCCAGUCGGACCGCCCUGCUGUAUCUGCUGUUCCCAGCCCGUCAAAGGCCCAGGAAGUGCUGGCGCCAGCCCUGCUCCGAGCUGUCGCUGCGCUGGUUGAGCACGAGGGGGCUGGAACCCCUGCCCGCCGCCGGGAGCCGGUGUAUCGAUCUCCUCGCGGCCAGACUCAUCCCCACCUCUGCGCUCGCGGCGGGUCGUUUCGCCGCCGCCGUCCGCCCCGGCCUCCUCCUGCGGUGCAGCGGGUGAUCGUUGGCCCCCUCCUACAGCCGCACGCGACGUCCCUGCGCUUGGCCGCGUCGCCUUCUCCCUCGCCGUCUGGGUCUCUGCAGUUCUCGCAGCAAAUGUCAUCUGGUGUCGCUGCGCUCCCGCCUCCGAUGUCGCCGCAGCCUCGGGCGCCGUCUGCCCCUCUAUCGGCUCCGGUCCCGGCUCCGCCACCUUCCUCGUCUCGUCCUCUGGCGCCUCUUCCGCUGGCGUCGUCUGCCGGGGAGCCGCUCGCGAUCCCCCCCCAACACCCGUCGCCCUCCUCAUGCGUCCCACUUGUGGAGCCUCCGUCGCGGCAGCAUCCGCUUGUUCCAUCGGGGUCAGUGCCUGAGGCCCGCUUUCCUCCUCCUCGUGCCCGGUCUCCCGAGCUUCCUCCUGAUGCUCCCGAUCCCGAGGAUGAUGAACGGUGGUGGAAUAGGGAGCUGUGGGAGUCUUCCCCACAGCCCGCGACUUUGUGCGGCCGGGAGUGGGACAUCCAGUCCGACUUCGUGAAGGAUGUCCUUCAAUGGGAGAAGCGGAUGUUGGCCGUUGGCGAGUGCUUGUCGCAUGUGGCGACUAUGCUUGAGCAGUUGCACGCCGGCUUGAUGGCGCGGAACCUCGUGCUCCGGGAUCCUCAGCUGACGGAGCCCCAGCAGGGUGUUGUUCGCGAAGCGGCGGCGCAAGGUCUUUGGCGUCUCCUCCGUUUGACCCUGGAGUCCGAGUUCCCCGAUCUGGACGAGGGCCCUGGCGUGCGGGCUUUCCGACAGGUCGCCAAGGCUGCCGAGGAGUCUCCCCUCCAGCUCGUGCCCGCGCUCGCUGUUCUCUUGCGCUGGAUCCGCCGGCGCUUUUACGUCCCGAACCGCGUGUAG